CUGUGAUCCUGAAUGCCGUGAGAUUAGAGCUCUGUGGAACGCCGGACUGCAGCGUGGAUCGGUUGUUUUGCAUUCGGUGGGGGCUGCGAGGAUGAAGGGCACAGCUGCAGAUAGUCGUUGCCUUGGCUUACGCUGAGUGUAUAAAGUCUCACGAUGUGCCCCGAUUUGAGCUCUUUUGAAGCCAUUUGGUCUUCAAGGACGGCCUUCGGAACAUACCAUGCGGUCUCUUCUAUCUCUCGGCUUGGCCAGCGUCGCUGCAUGCUUGUCUACGCCGAGUUCAAAGCCUCUCCCUACCGCAGUGCUCGAUUCCGGUGCCAUUGUUGGAACUACCACGUCCCUUCCCUCGUCCACCGCCGUGGUGAAACAGUACCUUGGUAUCCCUUUCGGUGCGCCGCCAGUGCGGUUCAGUCCUCCCAGGCCUGUGCCGCGAUGGUCGGGGUUCCGCAAUGCCACCACAUGGGGACCGGCGUGCAUUCAAGAAAUGAACAAAGCAUCCAAGGACCACUACGAUAUGGCAGGCAUCGGGGACCCCCUUGGUGGAGAGAGCGAGGAUUGUCUGAACCUCAACGUGUUUACUCCGGCGGAUGCGUCGGUGGGAUCCAAGCCGGUGCUGGUUUGGAUCUAUGGCGGCGGCUUCAUCAACGGCGGCUCGGCACUGCCGAUAUACGAUGGAACGAGCUUUGCUACCAAUCAGGAUGUCGUGGUGGUGACGUUUAAUUAUCGAACGAACGUGUUCGGAUUCCCUGGUGGUGGCGUGCCCCAAGGCCAAAAGAAUCUGGGCUUUCUCGACCAGCGACUCGCCCUCGACUGGGUGCAGCGCAACAUCGCCAGCCUCGGAGGCGACCCACUCCAAGUGACCAUCAUGGGUGAAAGCGCCGGCGGAGGCAGCGUCGACGCCCUGGUCACAUCACCCCCUGAUCCGCUUCCUUUCCGCGCCGCAAUCAUGGAGUCGAAUCAGGCGUCGAUCGUAGCUCCGCUAGAUAACAAGGAGCAAAUGUACCCGCAGUCAUGGAAGACAUUUCUCAACCUGACUCAUUGCCCUACCGAUGGCGCAAUCGAAUGCCUCCGAAAACUCCCCGCCCAGAAGAUCAAGAAGAUUCUCGACACCUCCGGUCUGCCCUUUGGCCCUCUGCCCGAUGGCGGCGUCACGCUUUCCAACACUCCUCGAGAGGAUCGGCUACACUCCACCGAGGGAAACUCGACCAUCGUGCGAGUCCCCGUUCUUUUCGGGAACAACGCAGACGAGGCAAAGCCUUACGUCGUUGGCGCUAACGACACGCGCAAGGCCCUCGAGGGAAUCGGCCUAGGCAAGCUCGCAGACACUUUGAUCAAAGCGUAUCCUUUGGGCCAGCCAUCAGGGACACAUACCGAGAACGACCGAAUCAGUCUCAUCGCAAAUGAUCUGGGCGUGCACUGUCCGAUGAAAUUCUACGCCGACGAUAACAUCAAAGUCAACAUCCCUGCUUGGAGAUAUUUGUUCAAUGCCAGCUUCCCUAAUAGCGAAUUGUUCCCUGGCAGCGGAGCAUACCACAUGGCGGAGAUCCGGCUUGUCUUUGGCACGUAUGAGAAGAAAGGCGCGACUGGGUUUCAGGCCAAAGUAAGCCAUGCUAUACAAACGGCGUGGGCAGACUUUGCCAAAGAUCCGUUCCAGGGACCGGGGUGGGAAGAGGCUCCCACUGUUGGAGUGUUCGGGGACGGCGUGAAGGUCGGUAUGGAUCCAGAGGGAAAGAAGGCGUUGAGGGCGGUUAGCUCGACGGACAUGGAUCGGAGGUGUCAUCUUUAUGAAUCGAUAUAUGUAUAAUAAGGUUUGCUCACGCGGUUUUGAC